UGAAGCAAGGAUUAUAAAAGCAGCGAGUAGUAGCAGUAGUAGUAGAAGUGUAUCUGUAUUGCGUAGAGACCAUUCCAACCUGGUUGUCUUACUUUACUCAUCGCACUUCCUUUCUUCUCAUCAGGAGACGAGGGUUUCUUCGUCUUCGUUGUUGUAAUCCAAACACAAAUUCUCAGAGUUCUUUCUAACAAAAAAGGAAAGAAUGGCAAAGGAGGAUAAUAAUAAUAGUAAGAAGAACAAGAAGGAGGAGAAGAAAGACGAAGAUCUGUCGGAAGAGGAUCUGGCACUGAAGCAGCAAUUGGAGCUUUACGUGGAGAGAGUUCAAGAUGCUGACCCUAAUUUACAGAAGGUCGCUCUUGAGAGCAUGAGGCAGGAAAUCCGAACCUCUACGAGCUCCAUGACUUCGGUCCCAAAGCCGUUGAAAUUUCUGCGGCCACAUUAUGGAACGUUAAAGGCGUUUUACGAAACCAUGGAGGACUCUGAAAUGAAGAAGUACCUUGCUGAUGUGCUAUCCGUUCUGGCUCUCACCAUGUCUGCAGAGGGCGAAAGGGAUAGCUUAAAAUAUCGAUUGGAGGGUUCAGGAGGUGAUAUUGGCUCAUGGGGCCAUGAAUAUGUGAGGAACUUAGCUGGAGAAAUUUCACAAGAAUAUGCUAAGCGACAGAGCGAAGAAGUUCCAAUUGAGGAUCUUAUGGAGCUUGUUCAACAAAUAGUUGCUUUUCACAUGAAGCACAAUGCUGAACCUGAAGCUGUUGAUCUUCUAAUGGAGGUUGAAGACCUUGAUCUUUUAAUUGAGCAUGUUGACAGUACGAAUUUCCGAAGGACAUGUCUCUAUCUAACGAGUUCAGCAAGAUAUCUCCCUGGACCUGAUGACAUGUUGGUCCUAGAUAUUGCCUACAUGAUUUAUAUAAAAUUUGAGGAGUAUCCAAAUGCGCUUCAGAUUGCCCUAUUUCUGGAUAACAUGCAGCAUGUGAAGCAAGUAUUUACAUCUUGUGAUGAUCAGCUGAGAAAGAAGCAAUUCUGUUACAUCCUUGCUCGACAUGGUAUAACAUUUGAGCUAGAUGAAGAGAUGGCUGCCAAUGAUGAUGACCGAGAGGCAUUACAGGACAUUAUAAACAACACCAAGCUAAGUGAAGGCUAUCUAACACUUGCUCGUGAUAUUGAGGUUAUGGAGCCCAAAUCUCCUGAAGAUAUCUAUAAGGCACACUUGCUUGAUGGCCGGGCUAGUGCUGGUGCAACUGUUGAUUCAGCUAGACAAAACCUUGCUGCCACCUUUGUUAAUGCUUUUGUAAAUGCUGGCUUUGGUCAGGAUAAGCUAAUGACAGUCCCCUCAGACAAUUCGAGUUCUGGUUCUUCUGCUAACUGGCUUUUCAAAAAUAAAGAACAUGGGAAGACUAGUGCUGCUGCAAGUCUUGGUAUGAUAUUAUUGUGGGAUGUUGACUCUGGACUUGCCCAAAUGGACAAGUAUUUCCAUGCAAGUGACACCCAUGUCAAUGCUGGUGCAUUAUUGGGAGUGGGGAUAGUAAAUUGUGGAAUAAAGAAUGAUUGUGAUCCGGCACUGGCACUUCUAGGUGAGCAUAUAGAUAAAGAAGACCCAUACAUUCGGAUUGGGGCAGUAAUGGGCCUUGGGAUUGCUUAUGCUGGUACUCAGAAUGAGCAGAUACGGAGUAAAUUGGCUCCUAUACUAAAUGAUGCUAAAGCUCCACUUGAUGUAAUUUCCUUCGCUGCGCUCUCUUUGGGUUUAGUAUAUGUGGGUUCCUGCAAUGAAGAGGUUGCUCAGGCAAUUAUAUUUGCAUUAAUGGAUCGAAGUGAGUCAGAGUUGGGGGAGCCGCUAACUCGGCUUCUACCUGUAGGCCUUGGUCUUCUGUACCUCGGGAAGCAGGAAAGUGUGGAGGCCACGGCUGAAGUUUCUAAGACCUUUAAUGAAAAAAUCAGAAAAUAUUGUGAUAUGACGCUACUUUCAUGUGCCUAUGCUGGAACAGGGAAUGUUCUUAAGGUUCAGAAUCUUCUGGGUCAUUGCUCACAACACCUAGACAAGAGUGAAACUCACCAGGGUCCUGCUGUGCUUGGAAUUGCUAUGGUUGCAAUGGCUGAAGAAUUAGGGCUUGAGAUGGCAAUUCGUUCAUUAGAGCAUCUUUUGCAGUAUGGAGAGCAGAAUAUCCGUCACGCUGUUCCUUUGGCUCUUGGCCUCCUUUGCAUAUCAAACCCUAAGGUCAAUGUUAUGGACACGUUAAGCAGACUUAGCCAUGACACAGAUUCAGAAGUAGCAAUGGCUGCGGUAAUCUCGUUGGGAUUGAUAGGUGCGGGUACAAACAAUGCUCGAAUAGCUGGCAUGCUUCGGAAUCUUUCAAGUUAUUACUACAAGGAUGCCAGCCUUCUUUUCUGUGUGCGAAUUGCUCAAGGUCUUGUACAUAUGGGGAAAGGAUUAUUAACUCUUAAUCCGUAUCAUUCUGAACGGUUCUUGCUAUCCCCGACUGCACUUGCUGGAAUCGUUAUCAUGCUACAUGCAUGCCUUGACAUGAAAGCAGUGAUAUUGGGAAAAUAUCAUUACAUGCUCUACUUCCUUGUUUUGGCCAUGCAGCCAAGAAUGUUGAUGACGGUUGAUGAGAAUAACAAACCUAUAUCUGUACCUGUUCGUGUGGGUCAAGCCGUUGAUGUUGUUGGCCAGGCGGGUCGUCCCAAGACUAUCACUGGUUUUCAGACACACACGACACCGGUGCUUUUGGCUGCUGGUGAUAGAGCAGAACUGGCGACUGAGAAAUAUAUUCCGCUAUCCCCUAUUUUGGAAGGGUUCGUUAUCUUGAAGGAGAAUCCUAAUUAUAGGGAAGAAGAUCACUAAGUUGGUUCCAGAAAUAUCUUGCGGCUCUGACCAAGCUCUUUUCCAAGUUUUCAUAGAGGCUGUAAUUUUUUAAAGAUUUGAUUUGCUAUCAAUUUAAUAGUUCCAUGUAAAUCUACUAACCUUUCUUGUUCUGUGUUCCUUGCAAGCAGAAAAUACAAUGCAUGCAAAGAUCAUAUAAAGCUAUCAAGGAUAUAUUUAUUAGGAAAAACUAGUUUAAAAGAAAAA